AUGGCAUCUUCCGAACAAGACAGCCAGACCUCCACGCCGCGGUCCUUCACGGGCCAGAGCGUCUCUGCAGAGGAGAUGCUCAAGUCGCAAACCGUGGGUCUCGUGCAUCUCUCCGACUUUCGCAAACGACGCGCGGAGGUAUUAGAGCAGAAAGAACGGGAGGCGCAUGAUAAGUCUCUCGGUAUACCGCCAGGGAAUGGCAAUUCAAGAAGCGCAACUCCUUCGACAGGCGACAUGACUGAUGGAGUGACGGUCCACCCAAGAAGAAAAAAAAAGGCUCUCGCCAAAAGCAAACUCUCUUUCGGUGAUGAUAAUGAAGAUACUGGAGAGGAAUCAACGAUCGCCACUCCGCGCGACUCGAGCAUCUCCCGAUCGAACUCGAAAACACCUAACGAGGAGGGAACACCAUCUACGAUUCGCAUGAAGGCAAAUCCGAACGCGCUGCCCCCUCCAAAGGCAAUGACGAAGGCCGCCGAGAAGGCCGAGGCACAAGCACGCGACACAUUGCGCAAGGAAUUUAUGGUGAUGCAAGAGGCGGUUAAAAACACAGAAAUCCUGAUCCCUUUCGUGCUUUUUGACGGAACAGGUGUACCCGCUGGGUCGGUCAAACUUAGGAAAGGAGAUCCCGUCUGGCUAUUCUUGGAUCGCUGCCGAAAAGUUGGCGCAGAGUUGGGAAGCCGCACUGCCAGCGGGGCUGCGAAAGCUCGUCGAGAGUGGGCUCGUGUCAGCGUGGACGAUCUAAUGCUGGUAAAGGGCAAUGUUAUUGUUCCUCAUCACUACGAGUUCUAUUACUUCAUCGCCAAUCGCGUACCGAGCUUCUCAAAAGCUGGCGGCCUGCUUUUUGAUUACUCCGACAAACCCCCUGCGGCAAAGCCCAACGACAACCCUCUGUAUCAUCCUAAAGACGAGAAGCUAGAAGGUGCCGACAAGGACCCCUCGGAAACAAAGGUGGUGGACAGACGCUGGUAUGAAAAGAACAAGCAUAUUUACCCAGCCAGUCUCUGGAAUGAGUAUGAGCCUGGCAAGGAGUUUGAGGAGAAGAUGACAUCCACACGGCGUGAUGCGCAAGGAAACACAUUCUUCUUUUAG